ACAACACAGCUUGCCAAUCCCUAACAUAUCCUGAUCUUUCGAGACAAGCAGAUACAAGUCAAGAGAUGAUAACGACAACGGAGCUACUGAAACUACCUGGAUGCUUCGACUUAAUCGACAGAUCAUGCGAUGUCUCUCUUCUCUCAGCAGACACUACUACUGAUGAAUGAACAUUUUCACCUGGAAGUUUCUGCAACUCAGAAUUCCAUUGCAUUGCUCAUGCUAUUUAAACCACCAGCAACCGCCAUUGUCCAUCUGCCUCGGUACAAGUGGUCCCUUGACAUCUCAUUUGCUUAGCAUAGUUAGAACCAGAAGAACUUUCCUGUUCAAGAAGGAAGAAGAAUGUCACCUGCUGCUGUGUCUCUCGCUGCCACCCACCUUCCCAUCUGCAACUCCCUGGAUGUUGCCAGAAAGUGCCACAUUAAAUCAUCUGUGAGGAGAGAGAACCUGAACCAGAGAAUGGUUUCGGAUGCCGAUUUUCGAAGAAGAAAGCUGCUCCAAUCUGUGGGGCUGGGCCUCGUUGGAGCAGGGCUAUCUGUAGCUAAGCCGGCAACGGCUCGGCCAGAGAGUCCUCAAGAGUCUGCAUCCAGCAGGAUGUCUUACUCACGAUUCUUGGAGUACCUGAACGAAGGAGCAGUGAAGAAGGUGGAUCUAUUUGAGAAUGGGACGGUCGCCAUUGCUGAGAUAUCUAACCCAGCCUUGAAAAAGAUCCAGAGAGUCAAAGUGCAGCUUCCCGGAUUGCCCCCGGAGCUUCUCAGGAAACUCAAAGAGAAGGAUGUAGAUUUUGCAGCGCAUCCUGUGGAACCCAAUGUGGGACUUGCAAUCCUCGACUUGUUGGGAAAUCUGGUCUUCCCCUUGCUGUUACUGGGAACUUUGUUCCUUAGAUCUUCAUCACCGAAUACUCCAGGAAGCCCCAACUUGCCUUUUGGACUGGGAAGGUCAAAAGCCGAGUUUCAGAUGGAACCCAACACAGGAAUCACCUUUGAUGAUGUAGCUGGAGUCGAUGAAGCAAAGCAGGAUUUCAAGGAGAUUGUUGAAUUCCUGAAAUCCCCAGAGAAGUUUGCUGCUGUCGGAGCAAGAAUUCCAAAGGGUGUGCUCCUUGUUGGUCCAACAGGGACUGGCAAAACCUUGCUGGCUAAAGCGAUUGCAGGAGAGGCAGGGGUUCCUUUCUUUUCUCUGUCAGGUUCAGAAUUCAUUGAGAUGUUUGUCGGAGUGGGGGCUUCGAGAGUGCGGGAUCUGUUUAACAAGGCAAAGAUGAACUCUCCAUGCCUGGUAUUUAUUGAUGAGAUUGAUGCAGUAGGAAGGCAGAGGGGAACAGGAAUUGGAGGAGGAAAUGAUGAAAGAGAACAGACACUGAAUCAGCUACUCACUGAAAUGGAUGGUUUUAGUGGUGAUAGUGGAGUUAUUGUAAUUGCUGCUACUAACAGACCAGAAGUUCUUGAUUCAGCUUUGCUCAGACCAGGAAGAUUUGAUCGACAGGUAACUGUUGGAUUGCCUGACAUCAGAGGAAGGGAAGAAAUACUAAAAGUGCAUAGCAGCAAUAAGAAGCUCGACAAAGAUAUAUCCUUGAGUGUUAUUGCAAUGAGAACACCAGGAUUCAGUGGUGCAGACCUGGCAAACUUGAUGAAUGAAGCAGCAAUUCUUGCUGGAAGGCGAGGAAAAACUAGAAUAACAGCAAAAGAGAUUGAUGAUUCAAUCGAUCACAUUGUGGCUGGCUUGGAAGGAACCAAGAUGACAGAUGGGAAAAGCAAGAUACUGGUGGCUUACCACGAGAUUGGACAUGCCAUUUGCGCGACACUCACCCCUGGACAUGAUCCAGUGCAAAAAGUAACUCUUAUUCCUCGAGGUCAAGCUAAAGGCCUUACUUGGUUCCUCCCUGGAGAAGACCCAAGUCUUAUUUCGAAGCAGCAGAUCUUUGCUAGAAUAGUUGGAGGUUUAGGUGGCAGAGCAGCAGAGGAAGUAAUAUUUGGUGAAUCAGAAGUAACCACUGGUGCAGCUGGAGACUUGCAGCAGAUAACACAGAUAGCAAAACAGAUGGUCACCAUGUUUGGAAUGUCUGAGAUUGGGCCAUGGGCAUUGGUGGAUCCAGCAGUGCAAAGUGGUGAUGUGGUUCUGAGAAUGCUAGCUAGGAAUUCCAUGUCUGAAAAGCUUGCAGAAGACAUUGACAAGUCGGUAAAAGAUAUCAUUGACAAAGCCUAUGAAAUAGCAAAGAAACACAUUAGGAACAAUCGAGUGGCCAUGGACCACUUGGUUGACGUACUGCUAGAAAAAGAGACUCUCACAGGUGAUGAAUUCAGAGCAAUUUUAUCCGAGUUCAUCGAUAUUGCACAACAAAGAGAUGAGACAAGAGCUGCUACAGAACCGGUUGUUGCUUGAGGUGUCCAGUUAGUUCAUGUAAAAGUUCCCAGUGACAUGACUUGAUAUGCUGCCUAAUGAAAAAUGCUAGGCAGUCAAUUGGUGAUGCAUGUAUAAGUUUUCGGUUAAUGUGUAUAUAUAAUAAAAUCUAUACAAGCUUUAUGGAACAAUCAAAAUUUUGAGGAGUCUGUAGCCAUGACUAUCCACUAGAUUAUAAUCUCCAUUAGGGGAAAAAUGCAAAGUGUGCACACAGGUUAGUAUGCAUAUGGUUUUAAAGGACAAUGGUAUACAGAUCAUAGAAUACUGGUAUAACACUGUACCAACCAUACCAAUCAGCAACGACAUAUCAAACAAUCUUAGUAUUUUUCUUAUUGACAUAAUCCAUAGCAUCCCAUUCAGUAUCACCCAACAAGAUUUUGUAUGGGUUCUGGAAUUGGAAAAAAUAUGAAAAUGUAGAUCUUCAACAACUAACCCAUGCAAAAAAAACCUUUUAAGCAAAGACCAACCACAAAACAUUAUCAGAGCAUCAAUAAAUGUGAAAAUAAAAAAUAUCGUUAUCAUCAUUGUUGCUCUAUUUCUGCUGCCUUCAACAUCUAUUUCAGGAAAACUCUCUCCGGAAUUUUGCAAAAUAUGUUAAUAAGAAAGUUGCCAAGUAAAACAGUAGAUUGUAUCAAGACAGGUCAAUGACACCUUCUUUCUUCACGCAAAAAGUACUGAUCUCAGGCUUUACAUUUGUUCAUAUCUUUCAAAUAUUCAAGCAUAUCUGUGCAAUGUAAAACCUCGACCAGGAAGUUUACUUCAUUGAUCGGAGGAAAACGUAGGUGAAGCUUAGAAUAUAAAUGAACAUUUUCAGCAGAAGAACUCAUGCAAUCCAUAAGCCAUACUUGCCUUGUACUCAUCAAACAUAUAGACCAAUUCUGAGCAUGAGAGGUAUGAUGUUUAUUCGUGCAGCAGGAUAGCACAACAUUCCAUGCUACAUUGUCUCGCUCAAGCUUUCUUAUUAUUUUUCUUCUUUAUAUACACAUAAGAAUUCUCACUUCCUCUGAAUACCUAUCUUGCAAGAUCCUUCCAUGCACUUCUCCAGAAGAUCUAGAGAUUCGAAGGCAAGACUUGAGGACAGAUGAAAGGGGUAGAAUGAUCCCCGCUUCAAUUCAUAGAAGGGGAACAUCAAAGCUGCCAUAGGAGUAAUUUCAUCGUAGAUGCAAUUCAGUCAAAGAUGUUGGGUUUUGGGAUCUGCUGAAGGUGUGAUGCAGUCUAUGUACGUGAAUCCAUAAGCAGCUUAUAAGGUCACCAAAAGUAAAAGUGUUUUGAGAGACUCUACAGUUUGAUGCAGUUAAAAGUUUUCCUCCAAAACUAGGUUGUAUGUUGCUAAAAGCUCCAUUUUGGUAUUCAGUUGAUGUUUUACAUAAAUCUGUGUUCCUCAUGCUUGGCUAAGUUCCAGAAGAACAAAAUCCCUUCUUUUGGAAAUACUAAGAUCAAAUCCUUCUUUAAAAAAUCAAAAAAAUGCUUUUCCCAAUCUAAAAGGAUGAAACGCCACCUUGAACCAAACUAUUUAAUUGGUUAAAACCAUCUAUGUAUUUAGAUAACUACUGAAUAACCCAGUAAAUAAAUCUCCUCAUCUAUCCAAACCAAAGGAAGGUUUAUCAGUUUCUCACCU